UGAUAGCUGUAUAAAUAACUGUUUUAGUUGACGGGAAAUUCUUUAACAUCGUUCAUCAUUUUUUGUCUUGUGAUUCAAGUCAAAGCUUGCAUGUUCUUUUGGUUUCGAGAAAUUGUUUUUCAUAAAUAAAAUGUUAACCAUAUUGAUGUAUUAGUUGGACUGGAGGUUUUAAGACAUAUGCAUCACUGGAAUACUCAACAAAGUUGUUUUAACUUUAUAAAGCUGCAGUAGAAGGAUGAAAUUAAGAAUUUUACAUUGCUUUAUUCUAACCUGCAUGUGCUUCUGUGAAAUGCACUUUCAAAAGACUGCUGCUGAUGGUAAAAGUUAUGAGGACAAUCAAGGAGGUAUCAGAACACCUGCCUAUCUGGGACAUUUUUAUCUUGGUCCAUUAGGAAGACUGGCUUUGGAGAAGCGCAGAUAUUCCAGGAAGGCAAAAUACAACGUUUGCCACAGACCUUACACAAAAUAUGAACUCGUAUUAACAAGAAAAUUGGUUCGAGCUCGUAAAAGAGGACUGAGAAGGUAUUUACGGCGACAUCAGAAGUGUAAGAAUAGAGGUAGAAAUGUAAACCCAGCACAAAUAACCUUUGGAAAUGUAAACCCAGCGCAAAUAACCUUUGGAAAUUUGCCACAUGGAACAACGUAUCAUUUAAGAUAUUGUGAGCCUAAAGGAAGAAAGAGCGUCAACAAUACAUUGUCAAUGUGUCACAUGUGUGUGUACACUAUUACAUUGUCACCAAAAUACCUUCCGCGUUAUCACACGUAUGUUACAUGCCAUCGAAAUGGCGAUUACUCGUGUCUGCAGGGAGGAGGAAAUUGCGUGAUGAAUACUGCAAGCACACCUGUACUGUACGAUGCACACGAAAAAGGAUUGAAGUAUAUUGACUACUGGUGGACAAUACAUUUGCCGAUAACAAAAUCAUGCUCAUGUCAAAUUAUCAAAGGCGAUUUAAUGGAAAUGUUCUUGUAAGAAUUGCAUUUACUUUGAAUGGGUGUUAUGAGUAUCAAGCGGAAGUUACACUGGAGAAAAAAUCAAGGAGAAAGUCUGCUAUUGAUACAACAAAAUAUAAGAUCACACAAAACUGAAUUUUGUUUUAAAUUUAUCAUAUUAAAACAAUAAUUGUAAAUAUAACUUUGUUGAUUGCAAAACUUUCGUAGUAACGCGAAAAGUAGGAAAGAAUAAGUGUCGGAAUCUA